AUGAAUGAGAAAAAUUCCAGAAGAUCUAGAUGUCAACCACCAUCAUCAUAUGGUAUAGUUUAUAGAUCACAACGAUCUCGUUCUCUUAGUAAUGAUGGAGAACGUACACUUUCAUUGGAAAGUGUUUUUACAAGAGAACAUAAAUUAUCUAUGGCAAAUAAGAUAGAAUUUACACCAACAGAAGAAAAAGGAACUAAAGUUGCUGAAUUAGUUGAACAAUUUGAAAAAGUUAAUUCAAAAGACAAUGUUCAAUUACGUAACAAAAAUAAAUGUCCAUUAUCAUCAUUCAAUCGAUUUCAUAAUGUUCGUACAUCUACACGUGAAAUGUGGACAUCAUUACCUGAAAAAAAGAACAUAACUACUAUAAGUACUUCCCACUUUAUUCCAACAUAUACUCAAUCUCUUCUAUCGAAUGUAUCAACAUUUGAAAUAAAUAAAGAUACUACUUCGGAUUCAAAUUCAAAAAAUAAAAAUUCUGAUGAUUUAAAAACUUCAAUCACAUAUGAUUCUAAUCAAUCAAAUGAUCUCAUUGAUUCUCAUCAUAUAAAACUUGACACAAUAUCAUCAAAUUCAAUGUCAACAACAACAACAACAACAACAUUAAAACAAACUCAAGUUCAACAUCCCGAAAUAUUUAUUAAAUCUCAACCAAAUCCUAUACAUAAUUUUCCAAAUAUUGAUUUUAAUAUUUCAUCAAAAUUUGAUUCAUUCGAUGGGUCAUCUAUUGAUGAAACUAAAGAAUUCGAUAUUAAACAAAAAGAAAGUUUAUUGAAAUGUCUUGAUGAAGUAUAUGUAAAUGAAGAAAAAUAUAUUAAAAAACUUUAUGUACUUUCUUUUAAAGUUUCUGAUUAUGUUAAAAAAACAUGUCAGAGAGAUGAAAAUCUUCUUCAUACAUUUAAUAGUGUUUAUAAACCAUUACUUGACACAAUAAAACGUUUAUAUAAAUUUCAUUAUGAAUGUAUCUUACCAGAUAUGAUACAAUAUAAAAUAGGUCAUCGAACUGAUAAUAUAUGGUCAAUAUUUAUUGAACAUUUUCAAACAAUUGAAAAUUUAUAUAAAGAAUAUUAUAUUGUCUAUGAUGAAAAUCAACAAAAAUUAGAACGUUUAUGUACUACAAAUCCAUUAAUUCAUGAAGCAAUGCUUCAAUGUCAAGUUCAUCUUGGAAAUUUAUAUCCAAUUAAUGAACUUAAUUGUGCCAAUCAACAUUUACUUCGUUAUAUGCUUCUUAUGAAAACUUAUAUGCAACAUCUUGAUGAAGAUUCUGCUGAUUAUGAUCAUACUUGUUUUGUACAUGAUGAACUAAGUUGUAUAGCUGAUCGAUGUCAAGAAUAUUUAGCUGUAUCUCCAGCACAAUUAAAUAAAUUAAAAUUACGAGUUGAUAGCAAACCAGAAUGUUUUGAUAAACAACAACUUAUUUGGCAUGGUCGAUUAAAAAGACAAUUACCACGUAAACCUACUGAUAUUGUUCAAUAUUAUGUUAUAUUAUUUUCUAAUUGUAUACUUAUAUGUGGAGAAUCAGGAAAUAAACUUGAAAUAAAACGACAAUUAUCAAUAAAAAAUAUAAAAGUUGAAAUUAUUGAACGUGAACGAUUAGCAUCAGCAUCAUCUAAUUCAACUAAUGUACAACAAUUGAGUUUUCUUAUUUAUUAUCCAUUUCAUGUUAAUGCUAUUGAAAAAUCUUAUGAAUUUUUACCUGAUAAAGAAUCCGAUAGAGAAAAAUGGGUGAAUAAAAUUAGACAAGCCAGUGAAGAUUUUCAAAGACGAAAUGCAACUAUAGAAAUUCGUCAAUCGUUUCAUCGUACUGAUGAACAACAAUUAGGUACUCGUGCUCCUUCUGCAUGGGUCAAUUAUUUCGAUGUAACACGUUGUCAAAUUUGUUAUGAUCGUUUUAGUUCUAAAUUAAUAUCUUCACGACAUCAUUGUCGAUCAUGUGGUCGUUGUAUAUGUAGUUCAUGUUCAACAAAAAAAUUAAUUCUUAAAUAUUGUAAUACUAAAGGUGAAGUACGUGUUUGUGAUCAAUGUUAUAAACAUUUUACUGGUAUAGAUAGAAAUCGAUUAUCAUCUCAAAAAAUAACACGUGAUGAAAAUAAAACAAUAUUAUUUGGUGAUUUUCGAUUUUUUCCAUUGAAAUCAAUUAUUUGGAUUGAAUUACAAGAAGAUUAUCAAUUACAUAUAUAUGGUGGAAAAUUAGAUCAAGUUGAAGAUUUUUCUAUUGAUCUUAGUGAACUUAAUAAUAUAAUAUUUGUACAAGAAACACAAACAUUUAUAUUAAAUGGAAAAGAUAAAACAUAUAGAUUAUCUAUGGAAAUAAAUCAUCAAACUAUAUAUCCAAAAAAUGAUUAUAUUGAUACUAAUAUUCAAAAUACAAAAAAUAAAGUAUUAUUUUAUGCUAAUUUAUGGCAUGAUACAAUGCAAUUAGCUCGUUUAAAAAUAACACCUGUAUGGUAUACAAGAAAACGUGAUUCAGCUGAUAGUGGUAUCAGUAAUAUUUGA